AUGCGCGUUUCAGAGAAAUCUCACCCUUGGCGAUUAUUAAACUUUUUUUGUUUGUUUGUUUGUUUGUUUUUCUCAGUGUGGGUGGACACGGUGUGGGACCUGGAUUUCACGGAGACCGAGCCUCUGGAUCCCUGCAUAGCAGAGGAGAUCACAGCCGGUGGGCUGCACACCUUUACCUGCCUGUACCGAGCUCUCGAGCCCUUUGCCACCGGGGACCAGGAGAGCAGAGAGAAUGUCUGGACCUUGUUUGCUGAGAACAGCCUGUCCCACCAGGCCCUGGUGGCUGUGCUGCAUCACUUUGUGCACGUGGGCCAGCACACCAAAGCCAACACACAGCAGAGGGUGUUUGGUCUGCACUCAGCUGGGCUGUACCUGCUGCUGCUGGAGAUCCCAGGCAGCAUCGUAAACCAGGUGUUCCACCAAGUGAUGUUUGAUAAAUGUCUUCACACCCUGACAAAAUGCUGGCCUCAAGAGCUGAGGAAGAGGAAGAAGGCACACGCUCAAAGCUCUCAGCCCACCGCCAGAAGGAACAGAAAGAAAGGGAAACCAUGCAGGAAUGACAGAUCCAGUAUAGAAGAGAUGUUGGAAGAGGAGGAGGAAGAGGAUGCUGAGAAUGUUUAUUUCUCAGCAGAAGAUAUUCUCCAAGUCCGCAACGCCAUCUUCCUUCUUUUGAAAAACUUUCUAAGACUUCUGUCCAAGUUCUCCCUAAAAGAAAAACCUCAGUGUGUGCAGAACUGCGUGCAGGUCUUUGUUGAGAUGACCAGCUUUGAGCCAGUGCUCCACGAGUUCGAGUUCUCAGCAGCCAUGGACGUUAAUAAAGCCAAGUACAUUCCUGAGCUGGCCUAUUAUGGACUUCACUUACUGUGUUCCCCUCUCCAUGGCACAGAAGAUAAGACCCUUCGAUGUGUGUUCCAGCAGCUCCUCAAUGUCAUUCUGAUGGUGGAGAGCAGGGGGGGUUCCAGGCGUGAGCCCCUUCCCAUCACAUCAGCCGUGACCAGCGCCAGGAACCAGGCUGUGAAAUUCAUCAGUUCUCUGGUAGAUGAGCUGAAAGAAGCUGUUUAUUCUGUUCUGCGAAUAUUGCUCCAACACAUCUGUGCCAAGGUCCCAGACAAGGCUGAUUAUCGCACCUACGCUGCCCAGGCCCUGGUGACCCUGAUGGACAAAUUCCCGUGUGCAGAGUUCGCUGAAUUCAUCGCUUGGCUUUAUAAAUACUCACUCAACCAAGUUUCCUACAGAGUGUUUGCUCUUGAUGUAGCCUUGGCUUUGUUGGAGCUGUCAGAGAGGAACCCAGACAGUUCCUUGUCUCUGGAUCAUCAGAAUUUCCUAAAGCACAAGUUUUUAGUGCAGGUCAUGGUGUUUGGCCGGUGCUCAGACAAAUCCCCCGUGGUCCGGAGCAAAGCUCUCAGCAGCUUUGCCCAUUGUCUCGAAAUGAAAUCUUCUACCUUGGAGAGCAUUCAGGACUUGCUACAGAGCUCCUCUGUCCGCACAGUGUUGGAAGAAAACACAAACACUGCAAGCAUGACAGUCGGUGCAGAAGCUGUGUCCAACCAUCCACUGAAGACCUUAUCAACUUUCAAAACUAUCGAGCUGCCAGACAGCAGUGACACUCCUGGGCCUGAUGGAAAAGAAGUCAUGGCCAUGCUGAGAGUGAGAGCUGGAGACGAGAAAACCAGCGUGAGGAAAUCUGCUCUGCAGGUGUUACUGAGCAUCCUGAGGCACGGGGUGAUGCCCUGCACGGCCGAGGACGUGGGCGUGCUGCAGGAGCGCUGCCGGGACCCGGCGCUGUCGGUGCGGAAGCAGGCGCUGCACUCCAUCACCGAGCUGCUCCUGUCUCAGCACAGCAAUGUCCUGGUGCAGAAGGCCUGGUUGAACGGAGUGGUGCCCGUGGUGAUGGAUGCAGAAAGCUCUGUCCAAGAAAAGGCUUUGGAUUGCCUUGAUCAGCUCUUGCUGCAACACAUAAAACAUUACAAUAAAUCCAGGAGUGGUGAUGGGAGGCAGGAGCUGGCGUGGGAUCUGCUCUCCCUGUUGUCUUCAGAAUGCCAGGAGCUGAGCCGUUACCUGAGCAAAGCCUUCCUUAUGUGGUCCAAGCAGCAAAAGUUCACCUCCACUUUCAUCAGUAAUGUCAUGUCUCACGUGGAGACAGAACAUUCCAGGGCAGCCUGGAUGCUGCUUGCCAAGGUGGCAGGUUCUUCCCCCAAGCUGAAUUACUCCAAGAUCAUCGAGACUUGGGACAGUUUCAGCAGGCAGCAGAACAUGAGCAGUGACACCGUGGGACACGUCCUGUGUGUCAUCGGGCACGUGGCAAAGCACCUCCCCGAGAGCAGCUCUGAGAAGCUGAAGGAGAACAUCCAGAGCUGGCUGAAGGAGUCUGAGUGUCCCCUGGAGGUGAUCAGCCCAGCUGUGGAGACCCUGCAGAAGCUCUGCCAGGCCUCUGCAGCUGCACCAGAGGAGGCACUGGAGCUCUUCAACCAGGUGUUUGGAGAUUUGGUAUCCACCUGUGAGAGCUACAUCUCCAGUAUAGUCCUCAGAGAGGAUGGAGCAGGGCAGCUGCAGGAAGAUCUCUUGGUGAGACACCUCUUCCUCCUGGGUGAGGCUGCCCAGCUGUGCCCAGCCAAGGUGGACAAACGCAUCUUCCUUUUGGUUCAGUCCAUCCUGGCCUCUUCUGGCAGCGAGGACCAAUCUUCCACAGACGGUGAGGACAUCUCCAGUUCCCAGCCGCUGUCCCAGUUCCGAGGCUCAGCCAUGCCUCCCGUGGUCAGGGCUCACGCACUCAUCACUUUAGGGAAGCUGUGCCUGCAGCACGAGGAGCUGGCCAAGAAGAGCAUCCCGGCGCUGGCGCGGGAGCUGGAGGUGUCGCGGGACACGGCCGUGCGCAACAACGCGGCCAUCGUGCUGUGCGACCUGUGCGUGCGCUACACCUCGCUGGGGGACAGAUACAUCCCCAACAUCUCCCUGUGCCUGCGGGACCCGCAGCCCUUGAUCCGCAAGCAGACCCUGAUCCUGCUCACCAACCUGCUGCAGGAGGAGUUUGUGAAAUGGAAGGACGGUCUCUUCUUUCGGUUUGUCAGUGUCUUGGUGGAUCCAAACCCAGAUAUUGCCAGGUUUGCAGAGUACUGCCUGGUGCAUCUCUUGCUGAAGAAGAACCCCAUGAUGUUCUCCCAGCACUUCAUCGAGUGCAUCUUCCAUUUCAACAGCUACGAGAAGCAUCAGAAGUACAACAGGUUCCCCCAGAGCCUGCGGGCGAAGCAGCUCUUCUCUCUGAAGGGGAAGGAUAACAAGGAGAAGAGGAUGAGGAUCUACACCUUCCUGCUGGACCAUUUCACAGAUGAGCAGAGGUUCAACAUCACCACCAAGAUCAGCCACAACAUCCUAGCUUGCUUUGUGGAUGAAGUCCUUCCUCUGGACCUGGAAGGCAGCGAGCUGCUCUCAGAUACAUUUGCAGUCCUCAGCUGCAAAGAAAUCAAGCUCUCAAGUAUGAGAUCCAGGCCUGAGGAACACAUUGAGCCUGACGAAGAUGAGAUGGCCGUGGCCAAUGCCGUCAUGCAGGUGGCCCAGAAAAAGCUCAUCUCACAGGUUCAGAAGAAGAAUUUCAUCGAAAACGUCAUCCCAAUAAUCACAUCACUCAAGUCCUUGAUGGAGCAGAAGAGGAUCCCAGCUCUGAAGGACCUGAUGAACUGCCUGAGGGAAAUGAUGCAAGAUUACCGAAACGAAAUCAAAGACUUCUUUGCUGUGGACAAGCAGCUGGCAGCCGAGCUGGAGUAUGACAUGAGGAAAUAUGAGGAGCAGCUGGCCAGGGAGAAGGAGUCAGAGCAAGAGCAGCUCUCAGCAGCCCACGGGGAGGAGCAGUCUGCCUCUUUGGAGAGAGCUGCUGGCCAGAAUAAUGACAAUGCUCAGUCUCCUGUGACUGGGAGGCUGUCCACACCUGGCUCCAUCUCUCCCUCUGGCCCUCCUGAGUUUGCCACACCUCUUGCUGAUGCUCUGAGGCAGCCACUAAUGCAUCGCAGGGCAGCAUCCCUGAGCACUCUGGCCAUCCUGAACUCUGCCAAGAAGGCAUCAGAAAAAUGGAGCAAGCAGCGCAGCAAGAGUGUGGGGAGGAGUUUAUCAGCUGCUGGCAGCCAGCAAGGGUCCUUCCAAAGCCUGAGCCAACAGUCCAGUGGAGAAAACGUGGCUGUGGCGGGGCGAGCAAUCAGCACCCCAGAGCAGACCAUUCAGGACUUGACUUUUGGUGCUGGGGUCAGUUACAUCAGCUCAACGCACACACCCGAUUCAGCUCCAGUGAAGAAGGAUGAGGAUGAGCUCAGGGAUAUCAUCUGUUUGACACUGCCAGAGAAACUCCCAGCCCCGCCUCGGGUUUGGAAGGUGGAAUCCCCAGCCAGGAGGAGCAGCCAGCGAGCGCCCCUGAAACGAUCACAGCGCAGAGCCCCCCCAAAACCUGACAGCUGAGCACAGAACCAGCAUGCUGCCUCCCCUCUGGAGUUCUGGGUGUGAAUGCACAUCCUUCCUUCUCUCUUCUGAGCUGCCUUUUCCCCAGAGCUGUCCUGGGGACAGGCAAAGCAGCGUUGUCAGUGCUGCUCUUGGCAGAGGGCUCAGAGCUGCAGUGUAAAAGGAGGGUGGCUUUUCACCCUCAGGAUGUGUAAUUUGUCCAUUUGGAAAAGUAAGGGCAUAACAUUGCUACAAACUCGGCAAUAAAUGCAUUUAUCACAGCUUGCAGGGCAGUGAGGGGCUGGCUUUACUCACCCAGUCCCUCAUUGCCCCUCUUGGUUAUAUAAUAGAGUUGCUUUAAUUUGAAUAAAGGUAAAACAGCUUGUCACUGCCACACCCCUAAAUCUGGUAAUUGCACGCUACAUCACCUCUUAUUUGUUGUGCAAACUCCUGUGUGUAUGAACAGCCUUAAUGUUCUUUUUAUAUGGAAUAUUUCCAUUCUUGAACUAUGUUAUUUCCAACUAUUAGCAUUUGAUGAAAAUAAAUGGUUGCAGAAUUAAUUCCACCCACGGCGUCUCCCCUUUUCUUGAGCUGACAGAGAAAUGAUUUUUUUUUUCCCCUGUAGAUUUCUACAGCCUCUCAGUCUCUUCUACCACAACACAGGUAUCUUGGGCCCUCACUUCAAUUAAUGUUGGGCCCAGCAGCUUUUAAAUACAGACUUUGACUUGACUGCAAGCAGGGUAUGGGUGACUCAGACAAGGUGGGUGAGUGCUCUGGGCAGGUACCUUGUUUAUCAUAAAUAUCCUGGGUAAAUCUGGCCCUUCCUGAGCCUCCCUGAUGGCCACGUGCUCCUCACUGGAGUUCUUCUGUUGUUAACCUUUAUCACAGAGCUCAUGGCCUAGAUUUCAUUGAAACUUGGAGCUGGGAUGUGUUUUAUUCCCUCUGCUUUGUCUCACUCAGACACGAGCUCCAGGCACAGAGCAGGAUUUGCUGCAGGAAUGGAAACAGAGGCACUUGCCUCCUGCACUGCAAUCCCAUCAUUUGCCUCCACUUUCCCUACUCUCUUUUGAAGAUCAGAGAGCCCUUCAAGUGAGGUUAAACUUUAUUCCCAAAAUCAAAGUCAGAGAACAGAGGAUGUAUGGAAUGGCUUUGGCUUAAGCAAUGGUCAACUGUGGCCAAACCAUUUCUUUUUGUACCUUCUCUCCUGCCUUGAGCUAUUAUUUAACCACUCUGAAUGGUCAAUUGGGAUAGUUCAUUUCCUGCUUUUUGUUUUGUCCUCCAGCAGUAUCUGAGAGGAGCCCUGUGAGUUUUGACUUCUCUAGAGAAGAACCAGGAACAAAUGUCCAAGAAUAAAUUGAUAAACAGCCCUGGACAUUCUGCCACCUCCAUCCACUGUGAGUGCUCUGACAGGACAGCCUUUCCCUUAUUUAACUGAAUUGAAAACAGCACCUCCCCAUAAUUUGGCUGUUUGAAAACCACCACCAAGCCCAAACAAAAACCCCUACAAGAAUGCUUUAUAGCUUGGUAUUUAUGUAAAACAUUCUUGGCAAAGUUAAAACAAAGUAAUACAUUAGUACAAACCUGAAUAUUAUUAUGAUACAAAUAAUUCCAUCCAUCAGCUCUCACGAGCUGGGUGGGGGGGGGAAAUCAUCUCCCCUUUCUCUCGUUAGAGAUGCCACUGUGCAUUUUAGAAGUGAAAAAAAAAAAAAAAAAGAAGUUUGGAUUCUUAGCUCUGCUGGUUUGUCACCCAAAGGCUGCCUUUGGUGGGGCUGCAGAUUGUGCUCCCAGAGCUACCCUGGUUCAACCCUUUCCUCUCUCUCUCCUUUAUUGCAGGUACCCUGAAAGCAGCACAGAGGAGGAGCAGUGGAUGCCCAGAGGGUGCAAAGGAAUGUCAGAACAAUUAGAGGCAGCAAUCAGCACUGGGUGGCUUGGAUGAAGAGCUGGCAUUAGGAAGGUAACCAGAGGGAAGCUGCAGAACAGCAGAGCUGACGUGAGGGACACAGAGAACACCUGGUUGGGGCUGCCCCAUCCUUGUCUUGGCUUCCCCUGGCAAAGGGACAAGUGGCAAUGCUUUGUUUGGGCACAACAAAUGCAGCAAUGGCAUGUCCAGCGAGGGCUGAAGGAAACAAAGCAGAGUAAAGCAGAACACCAGAAAACAACACCAACAGUCCAAAUCGUCAAGUAUCCAAAAUACUGUAUACAGGAAAAGUUAAGACAACUCAAUUUAUAUUGGAAAUACAAGAACACUAAAUUCUGCUACAUUAAAAAACCUCCUAAACCACA